CUCUGCGUUGCCGCCUCGUACUCCCGGUGACGUCGCCGCCGGCUGGAGUCGCCACUCCCUCCUUUGUGACGACGGAGUACGGAUCAGGUGACCGCGGGCUGCCCCCUUGGUACCGCGGCCAUGGCUGCACCGGCCCGAGCCCCGACGGCGGGGCUCUUCCUCCUGUGUUGCGCCGCGUUGGCGGGGGCCGCCGUCUACGUGCUGCACGACGAGGGAGGUCUGGGCCCGGAGUUUGAUGGCAUCGGCGGCCUGAGCGGCGGUGGGGCAACUUCCCGACUUCUUGUCAACUACCAAGAGCCAUAUCGCAGCCAAAUCCUGGACUAUUUAUUCAAGCCAAACUUUGGUGCUUCUUUGCAUAUUUUGAAAGUAGAGAUUGGUGGCGAUGCCCAAACAACAGAUGGGACAGAACCUUCACAUAUGCACUAUGAAGAUGAUGAAAACUAUUUCCGAGGAUAUGAGUGGUGGCUGAUGAAAGAAGCAAAGAAAAGGAAUCCUAAUAUUAAAUUAAUAGGGCUACCCUGGGCCUUCCCUGCUUGGAUUGGUCGUGGAGAGAGCUCACCUUACUCUUACCCAGACAGAACAGCCUAUUAUAUUUCUUCAUGGAUUCACGGUGCUAAAUUGUAUCAUAAUCUUGAUAUUGAUUAUGUUGGGAUUUGGAAUGAGAGAAGUUAUGACAAAAAGUACAUCCUGCUGCUGAGAUAUACCAUGGACAAAAUGGGUCUAGAGCAGGUGAAAAUCAUAGCCAGCGAUAAUCUUUGGGAACCGAUAUCUUGGUCUGUGCUUCAUACUGAGCUAAGUGAUGUGGUCGACGUUAUAGGAGCCCAUUAUCCUGGAACAGUUUCAAGCAGCAAUGCUAGGAAGACUGGCAAGAAGCUGUGGUCAUCUGAAGACUACAGUACUGUUGAUAAUAAUGUAGGAGGAGGGUGUUGGGCUCGGAUACUUAACCAGAAUUAUGUUAAUGGCAAUAUGACUUCUACAAUCGCAUGGAAUCUGUUGGCAAGUUACUAUAAAGAGUUGCCAUUUGGCUUGGAUGGGCUAAUGACAGCAGAUGAACCAUGGAGUGGGCACUAUGAAGUGCAGUCACCUAUUUGGAUUACAGCACACACCACACAGUUCACUCAGCCAGGAUGGCAUUAUCUGAAGACUGUUGGUCAUUUGGAAAAGGGUGGCAGUUAUGUGGCCCUUACCGAUGGGAAAGGAAACCUCACCAUUAUCGUAGAGACCAUGACUCAUGAUCAUUCAAUAUGUAUCCGGCCUCCACUGCCACCUUUCAAGGUAUUUCAGCAGAAAGCAACUUUUCAGUUGCUAGGAUCAUUUAAACAGAUUGAAACUUUAAAAGUAUGGCAUACAAAAUUUGACUUCUACAAGAACUCCUCCAAGUUUUUUUCUCAACAUUCCGACAUCAAGCUAGUGAAUGGAUCCUUUUCGAUGCCUUUGGAGGUAGAUGAAAUAUGGACCAUGACCACCAUCAGCACGGGGAAACGAGGCAGUUUUCCAGAGCCACCUCCCUCCAGCUCAUUUCCUAAGGACUAUGCGGAUGAUUUUAAUGUCAAGAUUCCACCAUUCAGUGAAGCACCUAAUUUUGCUGACCAGACUGGAGUGUUUGAAUAUUUCAUGAACUACAGCGAUCCUGGUGACCAUGUGUUUACUCUGCGACAGGUCGUAACCCAGCGACCUAUAACUUGGGCAAGUGAUGCUGACCAAACAAUUAGUGUUAUUGGUGAUUACAAGUGGCAAGAUGUAAAUAUAACCUGUGAUGUACUCAUUGAGACAGCCAGUACUGGUGGUGUGUUCAUUGCUGGAAGGGUUAAUAAAGGAGGGGGACUUAUUCGACAUGCAGAAGGCUUGUACUACUGGAUCUUCGCAGAUGGGAAUUACAAAGUUACGAAUGACCUGCCUGGCAACACUGUGUUGGCUUCAGGCAAAUCAGGUACACGUGCAGGAAAAUGGCAUACUCUCACUCUCAGAAUUCAGGGCGAUUUAGCAUAUGGAUUAUUGAAUGGCUGCCUACUGUGGAAAGAUGUUCGUGUAGUUCAUCCUCGCAAUGGCUGGGCUGCUAUUGGAACACGUGGCUUUGAACUGGCUCAGUUUGAUAAUUUUCACAUACAGGCCAGUUAAUCCCAAGUAAAUCCAUUCUUGCAUAUCUAAAGCACAAUGGCUUAUGAAUGUCUGUUGCCUCUGCAGUUUUGAAGUGCCUUAAAAUGAACAUGAGUACAUUUCCCCACUAUUGUACAUUUAGGCAUUGGAGGCAGCUACUUAACUAAAGUUUAACAGGGUAUUUGUAUAUUUCACUGAGCUCCACCUCUUAGAAUUGUAAAUCUGAUGGUUUACUUUCAAGUGUCAAUGGUAUAAUAAUUGUUACAAGACAUGCUGCUUCAGCCUAAUUGGAUGCAAUUCAUGACAUUGCAUUUCAAGCAAAUGUUUAAGUAUAUCACACUUCCAUCUGCUCAUGUGUAUACUGGGAAUGAAUUACAACAAAACCAAGGGUAUUGUGUGACACUCAGAAAGGUAAACCAUCUUCCUCCUCAGCCUAUAAUUGUCAGAUUGUUUGCCAGGAUGCCUUCUGCAUAUCAAGAAACUUCCUCCAGCAAAACGUGCAUCAGAAGUACCAAAGCAAUUGUCUUCAACUAACCACUAACUCUUUUCUUGAACUACCGUACCCAUCCGUCUCCAUGGCAACUGACUAAGGCUGAACCUGACUGUUUGCAACCUUGCUAUCAAAUUUGAACUCCUGAUGAGCAUUGGACCAGAUAUUCACACCAUUACCAAAGACCAAUUUCUACCCUUUAUAAUAUUGCCUAAUUCCAGUCCUGCUUCAGCGCACAUGCUCAUUAGCCAUCCAUAGAUAUGUGCAUUCCAACUUUUACCUGGCUGGCUUCCAUGUUCUACUUUAUAUAAGCAUCAGCUCAUCCAGAACUCUGCUGCCAGCAUCUUAGAUUGCAUCGUGUUUCACCAUCAGCCCUACACUUGCUGACCAACACCUGGCCUCAUCCCUUCCCUUCUCUAUAAUCUACUUCAGUCUUGCAAUCCUGCAAGGGAUCCAAACUUCAGUUCUCUCCUUGUGAGAAUCCCUCGUGUUUAUUGUUACAUCAUUUGCAGAUUUGCCUUCUUGCCAAAACCCAGAGCUCUGGAAUUCCCUCCCUCAAUAUCUCUGCUUUGCUGAUUUUUGUUCCUUUUAAGAUGCUCCUUAAACCAUGCCUCUAACCAAGGUUUAGAUCACAUCCCUUGUGUCUCUGUGUGUCAAAUUUAUUUGAUGAUACUCCUGGGAAUUUUUUUUUGUGUAUUUAACAGAUUAUUUAUAUCAUGUUGUUGUUGUUACUCAAUAUUGAAUUGUUACAGGAUUCUGGUCUGGAAUAUUUAGUUGGUUUGUUCACUUUCUUGAAUAGCUUUUUGGUUUUUGGUUUCUUUUUAAUUGUAUGUUUUACAUCGAACCUUUCUCUAAAUCUUCAUUGUUUUUCUAAUGCAAACGUAACUUGCCUUACUCCAAAUAAAUAAAAUCUUCCAAACAUUUUUAAUUUUUUUUUAUCAAGCCAAUAAAAAUGAUAUCACCC